UAAUCUGUCGACGAGCAUGACCGCUGAAACCUACAAGAAGCCGUCGCCCGGAGCACGGGCGCAGGCCGAGCUGCACCCCCUAUAAGACUAGGCCUCUCUCCCUGUCCCAAGCUCGAUAGAUUCCAAAGCCAGCCAACCACCGACCGAUCGAUAAUGGAGGGGCUCAUCCCGUUCGUCUACAAGGCCAUCAAGGAGCGGCGCACCCGGAGCUACUCCAGGUGCGGCGCCGCCGUGGCGGACGAGGACGACGACUGGGAGCAGCAGAAGCAGCAGUGGGCCGCGGCGGCGGACGGCGCGGGGAGGGAGGCGGGGCACCGGCGGCACCGGUCGCUGGAGGAGCUGGCCGGCGAGGUGGGCUCCGCGGCGCCGGAGUGGCCGGCCAGCGGGGCCAUGCGCAGGGGCAGGAGCGCCAGGAUCUUGUCCUGCAUCGGCGGCAUGUAAUCAAAUCAACCUCGCCGCGACGACGUCCGUCGAUCCGACCGAGCGUGCGUUGGUGUGUGUAGUAAGUACAGUACAUACGAAUGAUACGUGCAAGCCUACGCGGUUACGAAGUGCUUGGCUUUGCUUGUGCUUUAGCUGCUUGAUUAGUCGUGCCUGUAAGCUUGGUAUAAGGUUGAGGGUGAUCUCAAGAGUAGAAGGGAGCUCGUCUAGUGCGCGCGUGUUGUGUGUACUCCAACCAAAAUGUAUAUACAUGGGAUUUUUAUUUCA